AUUUGCAGAUGAGUUGUGAGACAAAACGUCGAAAAGCGACUGCAAAACGGAUAGAAAAAAGGCAUGCUUGCCCGAUCUGCGAUGCUAGAUUUCCUUUUCCAAAUAAAUUACGCCUGCAUAUCCAUUCAAAUCACUCUUUGGCGAAUGUUUGUGAACUUUGUCCCGAACGUUUUAAUCGUUUCAAUGAACUGCGCACGCAUAUGCGUCGUGCUCAUCAAAUUGUACAUCAAUGUCACUUGUGUGCAUAUUCAUCGAGUGUCAAAACGGAACUGAGAAAGCAUGUUGUCAAAUGUCAUGAAAAUGGUGUUCGCUGCACAGUUGAUGGAUGUGCUGCAACGGUAGCUUAUAAUAGAUUGAGACGACAUAUCACGGAAGCUCACUGUAAUAGUCUUCAGAGUAGUCAGAUUGUUAAUGAUCAGAUGUUGGGAGAAUCCCCAAAAUCUGAAAACAAUGUUUCCGAAGACCUCCCUGUGGAGGUAAAGUUUUCUUCAGCAGUAGAAGGAUCAGUUGUUACGAAUGCUUUUUCUGGAAUCGAAUUCGUCAAUAUUCAUGAUAACCUUCCGCCGAUGGACAAGAUGCAGAAACCUACUAGCAAUCAUGUUUCACCCAAAACACCAUCACAGAAUUUAGAAGCAUCUAUUCGUCUGUCUUCCACAGUACAGCAUGAUGGAGCGAUAACGGAAAAUGACUGUAGUGAUCGCUGUGGUAGGACUAAAUCUGUAAAGGCAUUUAAACUGAAGAGAGAUAAUGCCGGAAAUGUCUAUCGGGAGAAAUCUUUGGAAAUACCAACUCAACCAGAUGCUUUAGAAAUGAAAGAUCAAGUAACGUCCAGAAAAGUGUCACUCGCUUGUUCAGAAAGAGGUGGAUAUGAAUGCCAGAAAUGUGGAAAGAUUUUUUAUGACGUUUAUAAUUCCCGACGACAUUGGAAUCGUGUGCAUCUUAAAAGGCACAAGGAAAGAGUCAGACUGAAAAAAUAUGCUUGCAAAAUUUCGACAUGUAUGCAGCGUUUCCCGUGCCCUUCAAAACUUCGAGAUCACAUAUUUGUUGCGCAUAGCGAGGAUGCUCCAUUUGACUGUGAAACAUGUAAUAGGAAAUUCAGCAGUCGUGCAUCAUUUGCUAUUCAUUUGAGGCGCUACCACUUGGUGAGUAUCCGAGAUGUACCAUAUGGAUUUACGGAUGGAAAUGGUGCUAGUACCAUCGAUAUCUCGGGUGAAGUUACUGCUCAAGAUACUGUGAACGAAACUGAAGUUGUUGCUGAUAAUAUAUUCACAAAAGAAUAAUAGGGAAUUAAUAGAUGUUUUCUGUGGAGUCCCCACGAUUUCUCAAGUUUGCUGUGUAGAGGGAGCUCUUUUUGCAAAGCUUUUUGGUUUUUAUCAGACAUUUAGUGAUGAUUUCUAAAAGUUCGCUGGGUUUUUUUUCUGUUAUUUGAAGACAGAUGGUUUUAUGCUAUCAAGUGUGAUGUAGCCCUCAUAUCCACGAGAAAGUGGACGUUUGUU